AUGAAUGCUUCCCCAGCUUCGGAAAGUGGACCCUAUCCCACAAACCACAGACCCUUUUUUUACGCACACCCAACAGCACAGCAACCAUUCCAUAAUCCAUGGAUCCUUGGCCCUAUGUACAAUCCAUAUGGUAUCCCUACAGGAGGUUUAAGAAGUGGCAAUCCAUAUUUCCCCUUUUAUUCACUUCCUCUCCACGAAUACCCUGGAUAUCUUGUUCAACAGCAUCCUAUGCAUAUGAGAGUUAACAGAAGACCUUAUUUUAAUGGUCAUCCAUCCUCACCCAUGUUUUAUCAAGCCACACGGUUCAGGCACUAUAGCCCCAGCAAGCGAACAGAGACCAAAGAAACGCAGACUGACCCUAGACAGCCUGAAAGUAAACCAAAAAAAUAUCAGGAUCAUGGUUUAGAAACGAAAGGCUGUGUUGCUGGAAAUAUGGGCUGCGUCCCAUCUGGCACUUGUAAAGGAACUGAAAGCUCUUUGGAAAAGCCAGAGAGGGGUGUAUCUUCUGCUGUUUCAGAGAGGGACUUUGCCAAGAAUGCUUCUAGUGCUGUACAGUUCCGCAGCCUCCCCCCAUCUGGCUAUGCCUUUGAGAAAGAAGAAGUAAGAAUAGAGUAUGCUAAUGGGGGUACACCUGCCAUUCAGCUCUGGAAGUCCUUCAAAGAAACAAUCCCUCUAUACGAUGUGUCAAAAAAGACAGUCCCAGAGAACCUAAUGCAGAGAGAUAUGUUUGCUUUGAGCUCCUGUGAAGGAGUUGUAUAUGGGCCUGGUGAACAAGGAGAGCUGGUGCCAAGUAUUCCUUAUUCAGAAGAGCAAGAAGCUCUUGAGGACAUGCAGGAGAAGGAGCCUCAAAGUAAAGCAAAGCUGGAUUCAGAGAAACAGGGAGGGCCAAGCUACAGAGCAAAGUCUCCUCUAGACGAAGCCAGAUCAGUGCACCUGGCUGAACAAACUAGACCUGACCAGCCAGGGGCAAAGCAAAAUGCCCUGUUAUCCAAAAGACCUUUUGGCUCAAAGAGGUCCAGUGGUUCAAAAGCUCCUCAAGAUGUGUCCAACCUUGUUCGGCAAAGGGAAUUAUUUCCAUCUGGCAUGGAGAUAAUGAAUGAUUCAUAUUUCUCCCAGACAUUGAAUGAAAACCUUGAUAUGACCACUGAAAAUUGGACAGCUUCAGAAAAAAGCCUGUGGUGUGAUGAGUCUGAGAAAUACAUACCUUCUGAUAGCUGGCUGGCUUGUUUGGAUAACGUUGAUACUAACUUCAACUACAAUGUUUAUCUGUCUCAAAGAAAGCGUCCAAGUGUACUAAGUCUUACCUCUGAUGAGGAGCCUUCAUCCACAGAAGAUGUCUCAACUGAUGAUACACCAGUGUCUUAUUUAGCCCCUGACUAUGUGCUUCCAAAGGGUGUGUGUACCUUAAAGAAAAGCAAUGAAGCAAUGAGCAGAGAGAAAAUAAAAAGUGGAGGUUCCCUCAAUGAAGAUGAAGUGGUGGGGAGUGAGCAGGAUAAAACUGGCUACAUCCGGAAUUUAAAGAGCCACUCAAGAGUAAAGGUUAAAGAGGUUUUCACUCGAAGUAGAAAACGGGGCAUUCUCCCUAGGUCUUCCAGUAGCAAGCAGCUUUACUCUCUCAAGAAAAAAGCAACAAAGAGUUUGUCUCCAUCAGAAGCUGAUGAGUCUGAAGAAUACUGGGUGCAGGAACCAGAGGAGGAGGAGGAGGAAGAAGAAGAAGAUGAUGAUGAUAAUGAAGAAAAGGACUACUUGAUUCAAGAAGUGACUCCAUGUGGAAACUUGAACCCUAGCAAAAGUUUCCCCUUCCAGCAAACUGGCCAGCCAGUGUUUUGGAGAAUACCUAAAAAUGCUGUAUCAGGACAUUUCAUUAAUUGGCCUGUACAAGAGAAAAAGAAAAUGUAUGGACUAGGUACUAAACUGAAGAAGGAGCAGGAAGAAGAGGAGGAUCUCUUUGAUGACUACAACUUCUCAUUGAAGCGGCCUAUAGCCCAACAGCUAGAAAUACUUGAGCACCGAAGAAAUUCACCAAAGCUUUCUGACAAUUUGCAUGUAGACUCACCAAAGAAGAAAGGAGCACAUAAGCCUCCACAUAAACGUAGAGAUACCAGACAUGAUGCAGAAACUGAAGAAUGGGAGAAGCCUAGAACGACCCGUCGCAAGGUCGUGAUAAAGCAAACCACUUUGAAAGCAGAUACGGAUUUACAUCAUGUUGCCAUAUUAAAAGAUAAGGCCUGUCAUGGCUACACAAAGCAUUCAGGUAUGGAAUUACUGAAAGAACCAUCUAUCAGUAAUUCACAUGACAUGGAGAGAUUCAAGUGA